UCGAUGUGCUGUUGAAGGCAGUGGGAGACACUCCUAUCAUGAAAACAAAGAAGUGGGCAGUGGAACGGGGGAGGACGGUGCAGUCCCUGUCACAGUUCAUCUCUCGUUUCCUCAAGCUUGAUGCCACUGAACAACUGACGUAGGAAUCCUUUUUGAUUGUUUUGGUAGCGAUGGAAAGCUGGUUCUACAUUACUGUAAAUCUCAAGCCUGGGGUUAAACUCCUUUUUACCUCUCCUUUCUUUAAUUCAUCCUCCAAACCUGCACACUGUUACUUUUGCUUCUUUGCCAUUUGUUUUCAUUCGAGCUUUGUGUAUAUACAUACUGUAAAUAAAUUAUUGUGACAACUCGAAGCUCUUUCCCCUGUUUUUUCUUCUUCUUUUCCUUUUUUUAGGUGGCACAUUUGGCACACGCAACUUGUGGGCUCAGGAUUUGGCUUUGCACAGCGCUGGUGCUGAUUCGGGCAAAAUCACAGACACAAGUCAACUCAAACGGAUGCUGGCUCACAGUUUCAUCCAUCCUCUUAGUGUAAUAAUUAAAUAUCGGGUGAAAGACAAAGUUGUAUUUGAGUGGGACUUUCACCUGCGAUAAAAGUUUCCCGGAGGUUGAGAUGGAAUCACCUCUGCAAAGGGACAGACGCAGGAAGAGAGGGGGCACUGCAGUAACAGAUGGACUUAGAGGGAUUACAUGAUUCAGGAUGGGUUUGUGACAUAAAUUCCCAAGAAAGACAGAAACGAGAGUAGAGUGGCAUGGAGGCAGACACUCAGCUGCUCCAUCAGUCGUGCAUCUCCAUCCUACUAUUGGCCGGGAGGAUUUAAGGGGGAGUGUGGCCGGAGAGGUAAAGGGGUCACUGAUGCUCAUACUGGAGGAGGAACACUGGUGACACGUUCAGAGGGAGAAGAUGAACGAAGUGGCACGGGGAAAUCUGUUCAAGAUGGAGCAACUGAAAUCUAGUUCUUAAGGAGCUUUUUGAUUAAGGGCUCUUGAACGAGGGAGAGAUAACCGAGGAUGGGGCUGUGGGCCGACAGGGAAACAUUGCAUGAGAGAAAGAGAGAGUAAGGGAAACAAUAGACAUGGGUCCAGCGGUGGAGCUGAUAAUGAGUCGCAGGGUCAGGCCCGAGUGUGCAAAUCAGGAAGCAGGAAGCCAUUAGCCACGGCACGUUACUUAUUCUUCCAUGACCCCCUGCUUGUAGGCAAGCGGAGAACCGAUGUGACCUCAGGCAGUGUAAUGACUUGCACGGACAUUCAACAAAAUUAAAUGUCACCAUAUGGGCACCUUGUUGUUUGUCCUCGUGUGCUCCAUUCAACCUCUUAAUUGCACUCCCUUAUUAGAUAAUGAAUCAGUUUAAAGGAUGCCCUCUAUCUCCACUUCAGGUGCAAAACUUUUAAUCCUAAACUUCAGUAUUUUUAAAUUACAUCCUGCUCACUGGGUACAAUCCCACUGAUUAAACACAUGCACACACAAGGGUCUGCAUGUGUUGAGUUCACCGGCUGCAUUGACCACAUCGCUCAUCCCAGGGAUCAAUAGCAGGAUGCCACAUUAAAGCUGUCAGCUGUUAUGUCCUUGCAUCCCACUCCUCUCUCCUACCGUGAACCAUCGUCUACCUAAAUCCUCUCAUGUUCAUUUUUUUCUUCCAUCUGUCCUCCCCCACGUGUAUAAACUUCAGAGCAUCUUAUCCUGCCCCCUCCCCCCCCUCCCUGCCUCCCCUCCCUCCUCAUUGUCCUCUCUCUUAGUCGUUCACCGUUUCUCUUUGUCAGCUUUAUUUUGUUAUCUCCUCUCUGUGCUGUUAUGUCACGUUUAUCUUUGCUUUCCAUUCAAACCUGGCAGCUCAUCACCUCUUAAAACCUCCACAAAGCAUCUGUCCUUCCCUCCUGGCUCAAUCUGUGACUGUUUUCAUACCCUCUGUCCUGUUUGACUUAUCUCCACGUGCACUCUCCCCCUCCUGCUCUCUCUUUGCCUUACUUCCCCCGCCCUCUCUCUCUUUCUCAAACCAUCCCCCUGUGGCCAUGCUGGAGCGUAUGUCUCGUCGCUCCCGCUCCCUGCUCUCCCUGACCUUGACCACUCUGGCUCUGGCCCUGUCCAUCCUGGCUCUGUGCACCUCCUACUGGUGUGAGGGCACUCACAAGGUGGUCAAGCCCCUCUGCCUGUCGCCUGUCAAAAUGAAGAACUGUGGUCAGAACAACAGCGAGCCUUACACCACAGAGAGCCCCACUCAGAAUCCCUUCAACCGCACACUGUCUCCAGCCAGGAGAGACGAGCUGGCCAAGAUCAAGCAGAGGCAGCUGGCCAACGCAGUGCACUACAUCUGGGAGACGGGCGAAGACAAGUUUGCUUUCAGAUACUUCCACACUGGCUUCUGGGAAAGCUGUGAGAAGCACAACGACGGGGAAAAAUGUCGCAGCUUUAUAGAGUUAACUCCAGGGGAAACCCAAGGUGUGCUCUGGCUGUCGGUCAUUUCAGAGUUUACGUACAUUGGCCUGCUGGGGAUGGGCUUCUUACUGAUGUGGCUGGAGGUUCUGUGCUCUCAUAAAGAGAUGCACUCGCUCAAAAUCAAUGCCUAUGCAGCGAUCUGCACUGUGCUCUCAGGUCUUCUUGGGAUGGUUGCCCAUAUGAUGUACACCACAGUAUUUCAGAUGACCGUCAUUGUGGGCCCCAAAGACUGGAGGCCUCAGUCCUGGGACUACGGCUGGUCAUUUGCUCUUGCCUGGGUGUCCUUCAGCUGCUGUAUGGGGGCGGCCGUGGUCACCCUCAACUCCUACACAAAGACCAUCAUCGAGCUCCGUCGCAAACAGAGGCUACGACUGGAAGAAGCGAGAGCCGCCACUCACGCUCCAGCCUAUGACGAGGUUGUCACAGGGGGCGGCCUCUACUCUGUCAGCGGCCUAUUGCAGUGUCCGGACGGCAUGAUUGACGUGGCGUGGGCCCAUAACGGCAGCGUUGUUGGAAUGGGAAACGGGGAUGUACCGACGCUGGUUUUGGUGGGAGGCUGUGGACCAGACGGGUGUGAAGACUGUGAGAGAGAGAUGGACGAGAUGGACGUGGUCGUGGACCGAGUUGAUUCACCUUGUUAGGGAAGCGGUUACUUCUUUCCACUGAAAGGGGCUGAAAAACUGAAAAAGGAAAAACACUGUCACUGUGCAGGGAUCGAUGCAAACAGAUGCUUUUCCUUUCUGCCACUUUGACUUUCAGCGAACAUACAUACAAACCAGACUUGAAGAAUCAACACGUAAAGACGACACUGUAUGUAUAGGUCACGCUAACAUGCAAGCCUGCAUGUUUUCUGGGUAUUCGUCAGUGCCUCAUGGUGGGAAAGACUAUCUGUUCUUUAUAUGUACCUGCAUAGAAAUGUUUGUUAUUUUAUUGUUUAACAUGCAAAAUGUCAGGAUGAGUCUUCAAUGAUCAUUUAAUUACAUAAAUAUUUUUCUUUCCCCAUUGACACAAGAGAACAGCCUAUCCUUUACCAGUAAACACACAAUAUACUGUAUUCUCAUUAAUCUGAGUGUCAGCUCAACAUGUCUUCUCUCUCUGCCACAAUCUUUGGACCGAUACACACGUUUGGAUUCGUCGCCUGAACACCAGAAGCUGCGACAAACGCAGCCUCUCUGCAGUUGCACAGACAAACCCAUAAGACAGACACAUAGAGAUAGAAAGAUUACAGAGAUUUUGAAAAGUCUGCUCUCUGAUGUUGAACAGAAGAUUAUGUGUAAAGCAGUAAUCCCGAGUUGGACGGAGAGGAGGAGGAGGAGGAGGAGGAGGAGGAACAGAGUGAAGGGAGAUG